CUAUCGCCACCGCAAACAUGGCCGGAGAAGAUUUCACCGUCGACCCCAGGAUGAUGCACGUCCAGCCUCGCAUCCGCUACAACACCAUUGGCGGCAUCAACGGUCCUCUGGUCAUCCUGGACAAUGUCAAGUUCCCUAGAUUCAACGAGAUCGUCUCGCUCACCCUGCCCGACGGCACCGAGAGAUCUGGUCAGGUCUUUGAGGGAACUUCUGGUAUCGAUGUCAAGAAGGUGCGGCAAAUCAAGAAUCAAUUCCGAAUCCAAGCAGUAGUGCUGACGCGCAGUAGANCCAAAGUCGAGUUCAGUGGCCACUCGCUCAAGCUCGGUGUGUCCGAGGACAUGCUUGGUCGUGUCUUUGACGGUUCCGGUCGUGCUAUCGACAAGGGUCCCAAGGUUCUGGCUGAGGACUACCUCGACAUCAACGGUCAACCCAUCAACCCCUACUCAAGAGUCAGUCAACAUCAUGUCAAGCCAUGCGACGGCGGUGUAUUGACAUAUGCAGNNGAAUACCCCGAGGAGAUGAUCUCCACCGGUAUCUCGACCAUCGACACCAUGAACUCGAUCGCUCGUGGUCAGAAGAUUCCCAUCUUCUCUGCCGCCGGUCUGCCCCACAACGAAAUCGCUGCUCAGAUCUGUAGACAGGCCAGUUUGGUCAAGCCCACCAAGGGCAUCCACGAUGACCACGAGGACAACUUCUCCAUCGUCUUCGGUGCCAUGGGUCUCGAGAAGCACGUCUUGGUCAUUCUUACUGACCUUUCGUCUUACUGUGACGCUCUUCGUGAGGUCUCGGCCGCCAGAGAAGAAGUUCCUGGUCGUCGUGGUUACCCCGGUUACAUGUACACUGAUUUGUCCACCAUCUACGAGCGCGCUGGUCGUGUUGCUGGCAGAAACGGUUCCAUCACUCAGAUCCCCAUCCUGACCAUGCCCAACGAUGGUAUGCUCAACAUUUUCGAUGAGCAACUGGAAAUGAUGCUAAUCGACCUGCAGNAUAUCACCCACCCUAUCCCCGAUUUGACUGGUUACAUUACCGAGGGUCAGAUCUUCAUUGACCGUCAACUCUACAACAAGGGUAUCUACCCUCCGAUCAACGUGCUUCCCUCGCUCUCGCGUCUCAUGAAGUCUGCCAUCGGUGAGGGCAUGACCCGUAAGGAUCACUCGGAUGUUUCCAACCAGCUGUACGCCAAGUACGCCAUUGGUCGUGAUGCUGCUGCCAUGAAGGCAGUCGUUGGUGAGGAGGCUCUGUCAAGCGAGGACAAGCUUUCGCUCGAGUUCUUGGACAAGUUCGAAAAGACUUUCAUCAACCAGGGCGCAUACGAGAAACGCAGCAUUUUCGAGUCGCUCGACACCGCAUGGGAGUUGCUUCGCAUCUACCCCAAAGAACUUCUCAACCGUAUUCCCAAGAAGACCCUGGACGAGUGGUACACACGCCGUCCCUCAGACAAGAAUGCCAACAAGGACACUCGCGACAACCAGGACAGACAACAAGAGAGCGAGAACCUGAUUGACGCA